CACACCUGUACUUAAAGCUGUCCACUUGUGAUCCGAUCCACUGAGGACACAUAUUAAUACCAGGUCUGAACAGGGCCAUAGUCUACAUUCCAUGAACCAAAUGAAGUCUAAAUUUGGUGAUUAGCAUUUGAGCCACAUCCUAUUUUACAGUAUGUAUGAAAAAGGGUAAUUUCUGAAUUACAUGACACUUUAUCCCAGGGGUGUUUAUUCUGUUACACCACUGUAAAAGAAGUUUUCAAAAUAUUGAGAAAUAUUUAUGCAGCACAAGAGCUGUGCUUGUUAUAGGUUCGCCGCUUCUUCAGUGGAGAAAACAGACGUCCCUUCAGCGUAGCAGAUAAACAUGUCGGGGCUCCCGAGGACCAUCGCCAGCCGAGCUGGUCCUGUCCCACGGGGGACACACAACAAGGAAUAGAUCGGCACAGUUCAAACUGCCAUUGGAUUGAGCGCGUUGUCCCCGUCCAUUCUGGGACCAGCUGGAUGGAUCCCGGCCCCUUUGGAGGACUACAAGAAGAAAGACUAA